AUGUUGAGAAUUCCCUUUUUCCAACAUCUCAAACCUCAUCAAUUGCUUCACAAGCAAUAUACAGCAUUGUCUGGUAGAAUGGUAACAAUGGGACAGAAGUACCGAACUUCACAUUAA